CCUGUGAGUGGACUCUCCGGGUGUGUCCCGGCUGGAACUCUAUGGUCGCCCGCCCUCGGCACUUCCACUCUAGCCGCGAUCUUGCACUCUAUGCUCCUCGGUCGAGCGGCUAGCCGGGAGGGGCGCGCGGAGGGAGGCGGGGCGGGAAGGCUGGAGGUGUCCGAUCCUCCAGAGCCGCGGGAGACCCAAGUCGGCUGUGUGACAGCUCGUCGGCCGCCAUGUCAGCGAGCAGGGCUGGAAACAGACACGGCGCCCGGCGGUAGCCCUUGCGUUGCCUCGGAUGCCCAGCCAUGGAAGGACUCUGAUGAAACCUUAAACAGUUCCACAAAAGAUGCGCUAAUGGAUGACAGCGACACUCCUGCAUACGGUCUGCAGAUAGAACCACAAGAUGGAUGCCAUCUGGAGGACAGCGUGGAAAGGAGAGUAGGAAGCUUGCCUUCUGUCUCAGAUGAAAAUGAAAACCAGCUUGACGGAGACAGGCCUGCGGAUCUGACCGCCAGUGACAGUGCAAUGGGAAGAGCCGCAGUGUUUGAGCAGGACAGUCUCAACAAUAAUGAAGGCUGCCUGUCCAGCUGUGAGGUAGCCCCCAGUGAGAACUCAGAAAACACUCCAAGCGAAGGCCCCAAAGUUGAUCAACCUUCCUUGACACAGGACAAAAAACUACCCGGCAAAAGAAGUCCAAGAGCCAAAAAAGGCAGCCCUAAGAACAUACCUCCAGGACUUUCUGCAGGAGAUGCUACCCCUUUAAUGCAGACACAGAAUGCAGCAUCUCAAGCAGCUGGUGAGGAGGAAGCUGCUGGAAUGAACGUGAAUGACCCAACAAGAGCUUCUGCGCCAGCGCUGCAGCCACUGUUUUCGCUGAUCCGGGGCGAGGUGGAGCAGAUGGACUCUAGAGCACUUCCCCUCUUCCUCCAUCAGGUAGCCGAGACCUAUUUCCAGGAAGAGGACUAUGAGAAAGCAAUGAAAUUCAUUCAGCUUGAACGACUAUAUCAUGAGCAAUUGCUUGCAAAUCUUUCUGCCAUCCAGGAACAAUGGGAAACAAAAUGGAAAGCUGUCCAGUCACAUAGAGUGCCGCCUCUGAGGAAUUCAGAAAAGGGGUUUAAUGGUGAAGAUUUUGAACAGCUUGCUAAAAUUUGCACAACUCAUCAAGACCCUCUCUUGUCCAAGCAUAAGAUAGCCCCUGUGGAACGGUCACCGGGGAGGAAAUGCUUUACACGGGUGACAGUGUCUGAAGAGCCAGAGGGAAAAGGAGCGACCGCCAAAGAGCCAGAGAUUGAAACCUGUCCUGGCAUGGAGCCGAGCGGAGGCCAGCACGAGGGGCAGCCCCAGGAGAGCAGCCCCAGCUGCCAUCGGAUGGACUGGCAGGCAGCUUCCCCCGACCUUGCAGGAGCGGCAGGGACGGACCACACAGUGGAGCCGCUCUGCAGCACCAGUGCCACACUGGAGAGCCACACCCAGUCCCCAGAGACAGCCAGGAGCAGGUCAGGGCCAGAUGCUUCUAAGAAUGCCUGUGAGGAUAACAGCUGCUUGCAGGCGCCUCCCACAAAGGACCACCCCGAUGUGGCCGAAGACCCUAAGGUGUCUCCUCCUAGUGAGUCAGUGGCAGAGCCACGGCUCUUCCCGAGCGGUGAGAGUGUACCUCCUGUGUUGAUUUCAGAGGGUAAAUAUUCACAGGCACACCGGAAAGAACUCAGCCUGCCACUCCAGGAGGCAUUUGAAGCGCUGCCCAGGGACCAGCUUCAGGGCGCUGAGUUAGAUGAACCGCGGCAGCCUGAUCUCACAGCCAAUGAUGGGAAAUCACCACAGAGUCAGACUGGGUUGGAGACUGGCUCUGAGAAUGCACUUCAUGAUGGCAGUAAAGCGUCUGACGUAAGUACACUGUGUCCGGAAGUGUGUAUGGCCCCCGAAGAAAGGCAAGAUAAGGAAGACCAAGUCAGUAAAGAAACAGAAGACUACCUGAACAGCCUUUUGGAAGGAUGCUUAAAAGAUGCUGAAGACCCCCUCCCCUAUGAAGACCUCCAGGACGACGACUCUGACCUCCUCCAAGACCUUUCUCCUGAGGAAGAGUCCUACAGUCUCCAGGAGAAUCUGCCUCCUGAUGAGAGCUCUCUCUCCCUUGAUGAUCUGGCCAAGAAGAUAGAGAUCGCAGAGGCUGUCCCUGCAGAAGGCUUGGUAUCCAUAUUAAAGAAGCGGAGUGACACACUAGGAGACCAUCCUGCCCAAAUGCAACAGAAGCCAUCUAAGCGGAGAGUGCGCUUCCAGGAAAUAGACGAUAACUUGGAUCAAGAUGAAGUUGGUGGAGGCUCCUGCAUCCUGCUCAUCCUGCUGUGCUUAGCCACCGUCUUCCUCAGUGUCGGAGGAACCGCGCUCUACUGCACCGUGGGUGACAUGGAGUCACCUGUUUGUACAGACUUUGCCGACAACGUGGACUUCUAUUACACUAAGCUGCUGCAGGGAGUGGCGGGACUUAAACACUGGGUCUACCUCUCCUAGCAGCGAGUGGACCAGGCAUGCCGACGGACAGACAAAGAUGCAAACUUCCCCACAGCUUUUAUUUCAGGAGUCAUGAACCAUUCCCCCUCCCCGGCAGUGAGGCCCCAAGGAUGGACAUUAAAAACAGCAACAUUAGAUAGCAGCCCAGAGAACACUGUUAGACUAGUCCAUGGAAGACAGUGGAUUCUGCUG